GGAAUGUGAAAUAUCCAAUAGCUGAAUAUCCAGUCUUCUCGAUAAAUAGAUUGUAAUAAUCAAAAUUUAGUACCGGUAUGGAGGUGUACAAGAAUGUUUCAUGUCAUAUUUUUAACCCAUACAAGGGCCCUCCAAUAUACAGGUAUGAACUGAGAGAAGGGAUGGGCCCAGCCCCCGUCUCUGAUGUUGAAAUACUUGAGUUGUUAAGCCAGGAACCAGACACAGUGGUGUGGGCGCAACCAAGGGAAGUCACUAUCAGGAAAGUCUGUGGAAGGAAACUUGGACUCAAAGUUGAAACAUUCCAGGCUGGAGCCCACAGCCUUACCGUGGUUACCAAGGUGAAGGAGGAAUGUGAGAUUGUAUGCGGAAACCUGCUCACCUGGGACAGAAUUGUCAAGAUCAACCAUGCUUCAAUAGUGCAUUCCACAAAACAAGAAGUGCUGCAUCUGUUUGCUAGAAUCCAUGGUGAUGUGACAUUUACUGUGUUGUCCCUUUCAAAAGACCCACAAGAUCAUUUAACUGGCCAGUUACCAGUUCACUGUGACCUACCUCUAGGUCUUGAUAACAGCUUUGCUCAUGGUCAUUGCCAAUAUACUAAUCAUGUUUUAAAUGAAAGUGCUAUUAUACCUGAGAAAAAUGAUAAUGAUAAGUCCAAGAACAGAGACAGUAGCGAUUCUGGUGUGACCUUGUCCUGUGAUGAAGACCAAAAUGACUGUGAAAAUACAGCACAAGACGAGCACAGUAUCAGACUGACUUCAGGUGGCACUGUAGAUAGUAACCAGUUUGGGAUAUCAGACUCUUCACUGAGGAGGUUGGAAAUGAUGAGGAGAAACAAAGGAGAUAAGCACAAGUCUCAUAAGUCAGGGAGAGAGGUCACUGAUCAGGCAGAGUUAGAGCCCCUGAGGCCAAUGGAAUCAUGGUCCCCACCCUCAAAUUUCAGAAGUGAGCCAAAGUUCCAUGGGCUGGACGAGGGGUCACUGUCACUGAUGGUGAACCGUGACACUGCCGUUUCCAUGGCGGACAUCAACAUUGAUGACCUUGUUACCCACUCUCUUCCUGCACCAGGUCCCAGUAGUCAGCAGUGUGGCUGUGCGAGCUGUCAGCUGUCCAGUGAAUCCCGGGUGUGCUACAACUGCGGGCGCAGACCAGGGUCCUCAGGCUCCAGGACGCAACCCAACUCACAGGCUCCCAUGGUCCUUGAAACCAGGGCAGAAAUGACGCCCGAAUAUACACAGUUUUUACUUAAGAGUCCCCAUCUUGCUGUUUGGGAUGUGAAUACUCGUGUGGUGGAGAUAGACAGGGGCUCCUCCAAGGCUUUUGGCUUUGAUUACAAGGUGAAACUGGGCAAGAACCAUGAUGAGACGGUAGAAGUUUACACCCUCGUCAAGUUGGUGGACCCGUUGGGACCUGCUCAGAGGAAACUGCAGGUGGGGGACUGGAUACGUUCCGUCAACGGUACGCCCAUACUGGAUGCAAAGCAGGUUUUUAAGGUUAUAAGUGAGAGUAAGGGCAGCAUACGACUCAUUAUCCAGCGACCUGUUGGGUUUUCCCAGCAGCCUCCAGGUUUCACAGGAACAAGGUCAACUUCUGACACCGUCUACCGUAUUUCCUCCCCCCAGGCUACUGGGGCUCCAUCUAGCCCAGCAUUUGUCCCACAGGACCCCCUGCUGCCUGGCAUCAUUGAGCCAGAAAAGGGUCAGCCCAGAAAGGUUCCCAUUCAGAAUAUAUAUAUCACUAAUAAUUUAAAUCCUUGUGACAGUGGUACUAUAAGGACCCAGCCUUUCCCUAAAACUGUGAAAUUCCCUAAGGUUCGACUGUUCCUGUGUGGGAGUGAAGCAGAAAGGUGUGCUAAUAUGAUUCUGAAAAACUCUGUGUUUGGCUGUGUUAAGAUGGAGAAUGGAUAUGGAAAUGUGGAUUUCUCCAUUACCACUGACUGUCUGGGGAAUGUUGUGAUGUCUAAGGUGUGCUCAAACUUGUUCUGGUCCAAUAGUGUACAUUCCGCAGGCACCACAAGUUGUGAGAGCUACAAUUCCGGGAAUAACAAUGUAUCAGAUUACAAGUGCAAGUCAUGUGGGAAUGAUUUGAAGUAUGGAAACGUUAUAAAUGUUGAAAUGCAUGUCAUUCUUGAUGACAGACUAUUCCACAACUGUUGUAACUACCUCUUUACCAAAUCCAGCAUGUUUAUUUUGACGUUUGAUGGUGCAAAGUUAUUAGAAUCUCACCAGACGGAGUUUACAAGGAUGCAGAACUUUGCGCACACAAUUCGGAGCUUUCAAGGGGAUGAAUGUCUAGUCACGAUGUACGGUCUGUUACAUAGCACACCCAAAUACUCAAGAAACAUUGUGGACGAGGUGCAAUCCUUGUUUUACAUAAAUAAUACUCAGCUUCAGCAGUAUAAUGUGAUGGGCCCAGAACUGUUCACAAGCGAUCAUACGAACGUGCCAGAGAGAGAGGGACUCCUGAGUGACUGUCGAGGCCUACAGUCAUCAAUGUGGAAAGCAAUUACAAAGUCUGUCCAGCAACACAUCCUUAACCCAUCCCUACUGCUGGUCGAUUUUCUACAGUCUGCUCGUGAGCGCGAUGUGUUGAUGACAGAAGAACAGCUAGGGGCUGUAAUGAGGGCGAAACUUCCCGAUUAUGAGGAUGGAAUUCAUCAGUCAAUUCUCCAGGAUCUCAACCUAAAUGGGGAAAUCAUUCGGGGAAAGGCAACACCUUACUUUUCAUCCCGUGUCCACUGUGUGGAGCAGAUUGUCAUCAUUGACCCAAAGGUUCUACUACGCCAGCAGCGGAUCAUCAUCAACACCAUCUCUGAGGAUAAAAUUCAGUGGAGUAGGGCACACUCCACAAGCUAUGUUUCAUCUGGUGAACUGGGAAGUAUUUCUUGUAUAAGAGACAAUGAGAAUCUCUCAUCAGUAAUUACAGAAAUCCUUGAGUGUGUGGGGCUCAUAUUUCGCCAACCAAAGUCCUUAACUGAUAGCAGUCAGGACUACUUCCUGCCAUACUUUGCCUUAGUUCCCAGUUCCAUGGACUACCCAAGUGCCGGGAAGAAAGACUUGGAGUUGUACUUGCAGUUCUGUGAUCACGAGAGCUCGCAGGCGUUCUACGUGCUGGUGUAUGGACUGGUGGGGUCAUCUGACACCCCCGACAGUCUGACAAUCCACUCCAGCAAUUGUGCCACCCUAUACCAUCGCGAUAUACAGGUCACUGUCUUUCACAACAAGCUGGAGGACAAAGUCAAGUUCAUAUUCAGGAGGGAAGACAAAGGUAGCAAGGUGAAGCACGUCAUCCUCCAUAGCUGGGUCCAGCAGUCCCUCCAGUCCUCCUUACCUGACCACGAGUACAUCCUGGGCCCGCCCUGCCCCCUUGGGGAGAGCUGUCAUAGAUUGGUCGGGGUGGGUGGUCAUGUUAUUGACCUAGGGGACACAGGGGCUCACUACUGUGGGAACGUUAGGGUGGAUACAAUGAGAGGAGUCCGUAUGUGGAGGCACAGUCAGGUGGAAACUCUGUCCCCCACCGUGGACUCCCAGGCAUCCACCGGGACCCAUUUCAUCCCCACUCUGCCUACUGCCCCCACCCAAGCUCUCGGCUCUCUCUCACCUCUGAAACUCCGGUACAAGAUCCUUGACCCGCUCUUCCGACACCUCAAAGUCAACAAUGGCUGGAUGGUUCUUGCAGGAGGAAUGGGUUAUACAGCAGAUGAGGUGAAUAUUCUUGGUACAGAACAGGAGCCAGCUAAGCAACUAAUAAUAGACUGGUCCCAGAGUAGCUUGGAACACACAGCUGAUAGACUGGUUAUCCUACUGGAGGAAAUUGACCGUGUUGACCUGGCAACAGAACUGCGGGCAAACCUUGCAGAGGAGACUCAAACCAGGGGCCAGUCUCCCCAAGGGUCACAUGGGAAUACAGCCAGUUCCACGAACUCUUUGGGGGUGACCAAUAGCCUUGGAAACAGGAUGGAUGCUGGUGGAGACAGGACUCCCUCCCCAAGACUUUUCCAGGUGGAUUCACCUGUUGCUCAGUCAAGGGGAGGGAAUAAUGUGCUACCCUUAAAUAUCCCCCCAACCCCCAUAAGAAGUGAGCUGGAUUCUGAUGUGUUAAUCUACCUCCGAGAGGGGGAGGAUUCCUUACCUCGGGCUGGGGUAGGGGUGGUGCGGGGGGUGGGGUGUAGUGAGGAGGGGGUGGGGAUACAUAGACACCAUGGGGGUGGGGCCGGAGAUAACAAUCUCGGUGGAAGAACUAUAACUCCAGUAGAAACCACACGACACAGGGGACCGCUGUCUCAGUCUUGA